AUCAUGGAGUUUGGGGGCAAUGUGACUCUACACCAAGUCAUCUAUGGUGCCACCCGCUCUCCAGGGCCUCUAAGCUGCAGCCGAGAACAACUGAGUUUGGGGAAGUGCCUUAAGUAUUCCCUAGAUAUUGUUAAUGGCCUGUUUUUCCUCCACUCACAAAGCAUUUUGCACUUGGACCUGAAGCCAGCGAACAUUUUGAUCAAUGAGCAGGACGUCUGUAAGAUCAGUGAUUUCGGCUGCUCCCAUAGUCUGCAAGAUCUGUGGUGCAGCCAGACGCCCCCUCACCACAUAGGUGGCACCUACACGCACCAAGCUCCGGAGCUCCUGAAAGGAGAGACCGCCACGCGCAAAGCCGACAUCUACUCUUUCGGCAUCACCCUCUGGCAGAUGACCACCAGGGAGGUGCCAUACUCAGGCGAGCCUCAGCAGGUGCAGUACGCUGUGGUGGCCUACAAUCUGCGACCGUCCCUGGCGGGGGCAGUGUUCACCUCCUCACCGACGGGGCGGAAGUUGCAGAGCAUCCUCCGGAGCUGCUGGGAGGCCCGCGCCCUGCAGAGGCCGGGUGCAGAACUGCUCUUGAGGGACCUGAACGCUUUGCGAGCAGCAUUGGGCUGA